GGGUCAGCCCAGUGUUGAAGGAGCUAAGAGUAGACGAGGCCCGGCAAAGAGUGUGUGUCCCUACAAUAAAUCCACUGCACUGCACCUAAUGAGGGAUGAAAUUCUGGGGCUGGUUCAUGACAUUGAACAAUUGCUAAAGCUCGGCAAAGAAUUUCGUUCGUGUCCUUACUAUUCCACACGACUGGCUAUUCCACCUGCACAGUUGGUGGUGUUGCCUUAUCAGAUGGUACUUCAUGAAGCCACGAGAAAAGCGGCAGGAAUCCAGUUAAAAGGACAGGUGGUGAUCAUAGAUGAAGCCCACAAUCUCAGCGACACUCUCACAUGUAUACACAGCGUGGAGGUGUCUGGAGCACAGCUCAGUCGGGCUUUCUCUCAGCUCAGCCAGUAUGCUGACCGCUACAAGUAAGUUUCACAAAUGUGUAGUAAAUC